AUGGACCUUCUUGAAGAUGGUGGCGACUCCUCGUCUUCGGCUCCUUCUACACCUCGCGCGGCUGUUGAAGCGGCCGACGAUCGUCUACUUGUCGCAGUAGGGGAACAACAGUCUCCACCCUCUUUCUCGGGACAAUGUUUGGGAGACGACAUGUCCUGGAGAGGCUCGCAAGUGCUCCGCCUGGCAACCGUCCAGUGCGGCAGCACAGGUCGGAAUCGACACCAAUGCGGUAUUUGGCAGGGGCAGAGCUUGGCCACACUGGGGGCGGACGUGGCCUUUCUCACGGAGACAGCGCUGCAGAGCGAUGCGCAACACGCGCUAGCGUGCAAAGGCCUGCUUGCCGCUGGCUACCGGGCAGUCAGCCACGGCCGCUCCCCUCAGCUACUCGGGUGGUUGGAGCGAUGUUUCCAGGCACGCGUAGCUGCAGUUUUGCAUACUCAAAACGGCCUCAGCCUGAGAGUCGCUGCGAUCUACGGCCCAGUCGGUGCCUGCUUGCCGGACUUUGGUGUCCGCCACGCCUCCUCUCUUCACGAUGAACAAGCCCUCAAAGAGUUUCUGGACACCCAAAUUAGGAAGGCCGCUGAACAUCAACAGCUACUCAUCGUCGGGGGUGACCUCAACUCCUUCGUGUCCCAAGAGCUUGAUUGUUGGGAGGGCACAUGCUCCGUCCGUCCAGCCUCCUUGGCACCUUUCCUUCAGGCACGUGGCUUCCUGGACAUGUUCCGCGUCAGGCACCCUCGACUUAAAGCGUUCACCUUUUUCUCCCGGGCGGGUUCAGCAAGCCGGCUUGACUCCAUAUGGUGGUUGCCAUGCCCAUCCUUGGAAGUUCAUCUUCUCAACGCCUCGAUUCUAUGGAAGUGGGACCGCCGGGUCGACCACGACCCCGUGCUUGCUGAUCUUGCGCUGCAGCUGCCCGCGGUGCCAGACACUUCCCCUCCCGCAAGGCCUUGGCGAAACCUGGUGAGUCGACUGGACACUGACCUGCCAUCGGUCAUUUCCUCUCGGGCCGCUCAGCACACUGCACGGUUGUCGCAACUUGCGUCAGCGUUGUCCUCCCUGGAAGAAGAGUGGCGAGCCUUGCCUCAACCGCCCUGCGAAGGCCUGGACGGCUUCCACGGUUUGCCCUCCCUCACUCCUCCGGAAUCUUUCACUGAGCGCGUGCAGUCCACUGUGGAUGGCGUGAUGUCGGUUCUUAUGGCCGUCCUUCCCGCAGUGCACCCUACGCACCCUGUGCCAGAGCGGCAACUAGGCCGUCAAGCAGAAGCUUGGCACGCGUGCCUUCUUGAACUCAGGCGCGUUCGAACAGCGGUGCGAGACGCGCUCCCGUCUUCAAGACAUAGCCUCAACCUCGCACGCUUCCCACUUUCCACCGCUGCCACGCUGUGGUCCAAAGCAGUGGACAUGGAAAAUCAUGCCAGGCAGGAUGGCGCUGUUGACCGACCGGGGCUCCCUGCCUGGGAUCUUUUUCUCCGGGAUCGAGUAGAGUGGGCUUCCAGCCUCGGUUUUGACUCGUCCGUAGCCCCUCUGGCAGCAGCACUCGAUGACGAACAGCCGAGGCUUGCUGGCAAUGUUUCUUUUCGUUGGCCUCCAGCCCCCACCUGGACCUCCUCACCCCCUUCGCCCUCUCCGGCACAAUGCCUUCAAUUGCUAGAUGACAGCAUCGCAGAGGCAGCCAAGCGUCAAUCUGCUGUCGCUCAGAGCUCAGUUCGCUCUUCUCGUCAGCUACGCAUAUCCUUGUUGCGUCGAGGUGACGCCAAGGGCUGGGCCUCCCGUAUGCGCCCUGCCUCCUUGCCACAGGCCCGCUACUCUCCAGAGUGGGUCGCGGAUGCUGACGGCUCCCGCCGCCGCCCCUGUAGCACAGGCGACGUGCUUCAGGGAGCCACGCAAGAGUGGUCCAGGCUGCUGCAGCAACCUCCCCAACCAUGGCAGCAUGCCUCCACACUGUCUUUCACUGACGGCAACGGUGCGCGCCGUGGUGCCAUCGAUUUCCUGCAAGUAGGUGCCUCACAUCCAAACAGCGACCUUUCCCGCGUAGGUCUUGCAAUGCUGUCACCUGGGCCACGGCGGCUCAUCUCCUUCUCAUGCAGGGGCCAAUGUGAGCUAUGUGCUUUUCCGGAACCGUUCCGCGACACUUUCUGGCGCUCCCUCGACCUUCAACGCCUCACCGGCGUAGUGUCGCGCACCUUGCAACAUGCAGACCAAGUUCACUUGGCUAAACCAUCUGGCGGCUGGCGUCCUCUAUCCAUGUUGGAGGAAAACCUCAAAGCCAUAGAGGCUCCAGUCGCCGAACGCCUGGCGCUAUCUCGUCAUGGCUGGUGCCCUACAGAGCCCUUCUCCGAGCUUAGCAGAGCCCACUCCAAGGGCGUGUCUGCUGCAGCCGAGGUACUUUAUCUUGAUGCACUCCUCUGUGAAGAUGCUAGGCGAUUCUGCCGUCCCUUUCUUCGGGUCCCGGCCGAUUACGAGAAAUUCUUUAACACGCUGCAGCUCACUCAAAUCGAUGCCGUGCAACAGGGUCGAGGCUUUCCGGAUUCAGUACGCCGCCUGCACCAGGGCCUCUUCCGCACCUUGCAGGUGGCCCUGGAUACCCGUUCAGGUCCCACCGAUCCAGUGCCCUUGACCCGCGGCAUUCCACAAGGAGCUGUGUCCUCUCCAGAGCUCGUCGUGGCUGCGGGGUAUGUGGAUGACAUAGAACACUAUGGCAAUGGGUUGUCCGAUCUUCCUCCCAUCUUGGGCAGCUUCGCCCUGGGCAGCGAAGCUUCGGGUGUUGGCUUUGCCUGGUCGAAGUUCUCGGCUUUUGCGUCUGAGUGGGACUCAGCCCUGCCUGCCAUCCAAGACCCGCGCAUCCACCAAAAUGGGGCCACUGUCACCAGUUGGGACAUCUGGGCCGGGGGGCUCCAACACUACACCCUCCCCCGUUCAGAAGUGGACCACGUUGACACUCUUUUGGGCAAGCGGGGGACGGUGGCUGACCGCCAUACUUUGGCAGCUCAAGACCUCGUAACCAAGCCAGAAGCCGUUCGUCACCGUCUCGCCUGCAAGUGCUGCUCAUGGGAUGAGGGGCGAGCCAUGAUCCAAUGGAUUCUCGGGGGAUCUCUAGGCUAUGCUCCCCUAGUAGGCCUCCCUUCACCUGCAACCCUCCAUCAGGAAGAUGCAGCUCUGCACCGCUUGCUCCUCUCAAGUCUGGGUACCCGAGUAACUGCUGAGCGCAUGAGUCUGUCAGCCUCGCGGAGCAGCGGCGGGCUAGGGGUGCCCCUUCUCUCGGAGAUGCUGGUCGCUUCCACUGCCGCUGAUCUCCUUCUCCUACUAAAUGGCAAGUCGUCAGCUUCACUGGUGAGCAGAGACACCCUGCGGCAGGCCUUGCGCAGCUCGCCCCACACACUCCCGACCUUCGCGGGCUUGCUUCUUUCCGCACUCAACCUCCUGGCCGGCUACGGCAUUUACAUCAGCCUCUCCACUGAUCGCUUCGUGGCCAGGAUGCUUGACAAUCUCCGCCCCCCUCCCCCACAUCCCUUGGUUGGCCGCUUUAAGCCAGACGUCUUUGACGCAGCUGCUCGCUACUGCAGGGUGGGCGUGCUAGCUAACUCGGUUCGCCUGGCAUGGGUCUCCUUGGUAGAGCGGCGAAUUCCUAUGGAUUCAUGGCAUGAUGCUGAGGUGUGGGCAGAGUUUCUCCCAGCUCACUCCCCUGUCACUGCAGCCUCUUGCGCUUCUGCGGCCGCUGCAGCCCUCGCCCAGUCGAAUCUGGACUGGCGUACUGAGUGCUCCCUUUUCGGUUUGGAGGUGGUGCCAGACAUCUCGGAAAACUGGGGCUUUGGGAGUGUUGGUCAGUAUUGGGAGUCCUCAGCAUGGGUUUCUCGCCAGAUCCAGGGUAAGCUUCCUACGCGCUAUGGUUGGGCGUCCUCUACCAUUCACACUGCAGAGUUGCUCUCUUUAGCAGUCUCCCUCCGCUUUCGCCGGGCCGACAACUGGCAUCUCCUGGUUUUUGACAGAAGCGCCCUCUUCGAUUCUCUGCGCACAGCUUCUGCAGGUUCCUUGUCAAAGCUCCUUUCUGCCCCUUCGCUUCACUUGGUGUCGCUGCUGAAGUACGGCUUGGACGACCUCCGCCAUGCCUGGGCUGCGCAUUCCUGGAGGCUUCACCAGCUCGCCUUUCCCCAGCACUGGAACGUCCGUAUGCCCCUCAAUGACAAAAUGCGGACCUUCUCACGGAUUGCCUUCGUAGAAGAUGGGGUGGUGGGGCUGGACAUCCGCAGUCACCAGCAGUACACGUCCCUGCCCUUCCCAGUCUUCACACAAGGCAAUGAAGCCCAAGACGCAGGCUGCCGUGUUGCGUCCGCCAACCCUUCUCCACCAGACGUACGGUACCCCAGUAGCGGUCCAUUUGCCUGGGCAGCUUUGGAUGGGCACAUGGUCACGGGCCCAAUUCGCCCAUGCAUUCGGCACAUCCUACGUGCACAAAGUAUCGAAGCCUGGCGUAGUCGGCCUGUCCAAGGGCUUCUGCCACGCUUGUUAGACCAGGUGUUCACCCCCACCCUGGAUGUCUCAAUCUACACACAGUGCAGCUUCACUACUGCGUGGUCACGAUGGCUCUUGCCAGCAGACUCUUCCCCGUUAGACCUGUCUGCGAUGGCGUUUCGCUCCAGGUACCCCGCGGCACGUAGUUAUGGCUGUACAGCCCUGGCCCCGCUUGUGAACCUCCUGCGGGCUGGCUCCUCUCAUCUGCUCGAAGCUGCCCGUCGCUGGCAAACAUCUGUUCAACGGAGGGGCGGUGAACAUCCCCCUUCUCCUCCACCAAGCGUUGUGGAAAGGUGGCCCAUUCUUGCUGCCUGGCGUUGGCUGGUACCCAUUCCAGCAAGGGAGGCCUUGCUCUCACAGGAUGUCGCUGGCAGCAGUGCGGCAUCUGCAAACAAGGAGUGUGGUACUGACCUGGCUUACCGUGGAGUGCUCCCCAAAGCACUGGGGGUUGCAAUCUGCCGUCUCUCGCCAGCUUCUUUGGAGGACCUGGAACUGGAGCAGUUCGCCUCUCUGCGCAGCUCAGGUCUCCGGUUCAUCCGCAGCGCGUACCAUGCUAGGGUCUCCGUGUGGCUUCGUUUGGCGGAAGCCACCUUGCCGCGGCCUCCCCCCCAAGCCUUGCCUGACGGAGUGGAAGACAACCCAGCUCCUGCUGCAGCAGGCUCCCUUUCCUCCUGGCUUGGGUCUGCGACUGGCACGGCAUUCAUCCAAGAACUGCGCUGGGCUCUCCUCCCACAGCAUGCCGCAACCCAAUGCUUGCGUCGGACCGCCCCCUGCCGCCAUCAGCGGGAUGCGACACUGACCCAGCUCCUCCUGGAUAAUGGCGGCGCUUUUCUGACCGCUGGGCAGGCCUCUUGGGGUGCUCAACGUCCCUCCUGGUCAGCAGCUUUGGCGGGUCUGGCGUUGACUUGCAGAUGUCCUCCCGUGGAGCAUCAGGAUCAGGCUUUGGCCUGCUGGCACUGUGGUGGGGUCUCCCUGCCAGUGCACGCCCGUCCUGCGCUACCUUGCCCCUGGUGCCGCGGCUCGAAUGGCCCGUCCUGUGCUUCAUGCAACGUGGUCAUCCACUUUCGUGGGCGCUGCCGUUGGAACUGCGGUGCGCAUCGUGCGUAUGACACUUCCGCGCUCUCCAACUGCUGGCAAACUUGGGCCCAUAGCCUGGCCGCAGCACCUCACCGCGCUGAUGCUGCGCCUGUCUCUGACCGGCUUCUCCUUCACCUUCGUGGGUUGGCGGCUGCGUGCACCGCCGGCGCUGGGUCCGGGCAAGUGCACUCCACUCCUCUCCCUACCAGGCGGGUCCGACGCUGGCUGCUGCGACGCCUGUCUUCUGAGGGUCACGCCCCGCUCUCUCUGCUACUGCAAGAGCUGCGGCAGCUCGCGCAAGGGGUAGCUGAAGACUGGCCGCCCGUUGCCCUCUCUCGUGCUGUCCGGGCCCUUCAAAAUGAAGGCCUGGCCGUAGUGAACGUAGACUCCUUGGAGUUGCUGCGUCCGCGUAAAAGUCGGUGA